UCCUUUUUAUCCUCUCUCAACAUUAGCCUAAUGGGCUUCCUCGCCUUCUUCCUCCUUCCUUUCUUCGUCGCAUCAACAGCCUAUUCCUUUUGCCCCAUAACUACCUGCACCAACAGCACCCUUACCCCUAUCCGAUUCCCAUUCCACCUCGAUCAACACAACACCGAAAACUGCAGCUACCCCGGUUUCAACCUUCACUGCACAGACCAAGGUCACCUUGCUAUAACUCUCCCUCAUUCCGGAGAAUUCUUAGUCCGUGUUAUAAACUACGAAACACAAUUCAUGCUGAUAGACGACCCAGACAGCUGUCUCCCACAGAGACUUCUAGAAGGUUUCGACCCCUCCGGCUCGCCUUUCCAAGCGGAAUUUUAUGUCAACUAUACAUUCCUUAGCUGCCCAAGAAACUUCACCAAUGCUCGUUUUACUGUAAUUGAUUGUCUCAGCAAUUCAACAAGAUCAGUCAUUGCGACUUUUCUUACUGAUUUUACUGCUGAUGUUUCUAGGUCUUGUCAGAUAAUUAGGACUUUACCAGUUCCUGCUUCAUUGUCUGGAACUGGUGGAUUCACGUCUAGUCUUAGCGAAGAUGUUUGGCUUUCUUGGCAUGUUCCUGACUGCCAAGAUUGUGAGGCGCGAGGAGGUGUUUGUGGGUAUCAGAGCAAUGGAAACCAGCAAAUUGGUUGCUUCAAAAAUCUCCAAAAUUCAGGUAAUCCUCAGCAAGAACACAACAGUAAAGGCCUCAAAGUAUUCAGAAUAAUUGCCUUCUCGAUCGCAUUCCCAGCCAUUGCAUGUGCAGUGGGAGUAGGGGUAUUCUUAUGUAUAGUGGAUAGGCGAGAUAGGCAUGCAGGCACUCAGGAAAACAGAGCAUUACAACUAAUUGCAGGGACAGCACAACCCCUAGAUACCACAAUGGGGCUUGAUCAAGCCACCAUUGACACCUACGCUAAGGUGGUGCUCGGAGAAAGCCGCCGAGUUCCAGGUGUCAAUGAUGGGUCAUGUCCUAUAUGCUUGUCAGAUUUUAGUGCUAAGGAAACACUUAGAUGCAUACCUGAAUGUAAGCAUUGCUUCCAUGCUGAUUGCAUUGAUGAGUGGCUCAAGAUGAAUGGUUCUUGUCCUCUUUGCCGCACUUCUCCUGCUCAUCAUGCUCAAGUCUAAAUAUUCUGUAAAAAGGAUCAUACAACAUAGAUUCAGAUUAGAUUAGUUCUAUUUUUAUUUUACUUUUUUUGUGAUGCUUCAUACAAGUGCAACACAUUUAAGUACCUGAAGCAUCUUCACCAGUUCAUUCAAACAAAUCACAAGAGAGUCAAUACAGUAUCAUUAAAACUUACAAUAAGAUCAGUCAAGAAAUCAGGAAAGAAGAAAUGGUGUUG